AAUCAUCUUCUUCCAUGCCACAAGAUCAAAACACAAUUACAAACUUCAAAUCACAACCGGUCAUUUGAAUUGUGUACCGUAUAGAUCGAACCACCGGAUGAAAACCCAUUUCCUAGCGCCAUCGGAACACUGCACCAACCGUUAACAGCCGUCAGAAGGAAGCUGCGUUUCGCUUUAUCGAACAACCUGAGAGAAGGAGAGAGGUCAUGGUAAAGUCGUUGGUUUGAAAGAGAAAAAGGGUCGAGGGUGGGAAUGGAGUUUCGUCUUUGAUGGGUUGUUUUUGGUAAAAGAAAGGAACCCUUUUGAGUUUGUGGGUUCAAAGAGUGAGGAGAAUCAUGGGCAGCGAAGUGAAUGAAAGCGACGAAUACUCGCUGCUCAAGAAUCUGCGGCUGGAAUUUGAUGGAGACGAUGGGUGUUUUACUGUUUGCUUUUGGGUUUAUCUUAUGAAUUCUACUACAUUCCCUGUUUCAAUCCUUCAACAGGUGCAAUUAGAUUCCUCAAGCAUGACUCCUUUUCUCAUUCUGAGUGAAUGGAAUAGACUGAAGAUUAUGCCUUUGACCACCUUACACAAAGCUGAUGAAGGUUCCAGCCCUGGCAGUUCUUCUUCAGCAAAUGUAGUUCCACAUGAAUAUCUAGAUGUCGAUUUUCCUAUGGAAAAAUGGGUUCACAUUGGAUGUGAGGUCUCCACUGAUUUUGUCAGGCUGCAUAUUGAUGGAAAAAUGGUUGGAGAAAAGCCUGUGUCAUCUUCACUCAGUGAAGACACCUUUCCAAGGGCUUUGGGGACGAUUGUUUUAGGCAACAAUGGUGAAGACAUCAGCUUACAGGGAUAUAUUCAUAAUGAAAAGGUUUUGCCUUCAGCUUCGUUGAUCAGGGAUCAUUAUGCUGAGGACCUACCUGUUAAAUUAUUUAUUGACAACUCUUCUACCAUGGAGAUUGAAGAGGGGGGUGAUGGCAUCUGGAAUAUAGUUGGUGGCAAGCCAUCUUGUCGUAGAAAUUUUUCACUGGAUGUUAUGCUGUUAGAUUCCUCUGGCCAGCCAGUUCUGAAGGAACUUGAGGUUGUUGCCUCCCUCAUCUAUGCUGACAGCGGGGAAGCUGUGGAGAAGUCAGGUGAUGAAGAAGCUCCCCUUUUGGCAAGCUAUGAUGGUGUUGAAUUUGCAUCCAGUGACAGACCAAGUAAACUGUUGCAUGGGCGUGCCUCCUUUAAGCUAAAAAUAUCUCAGUUAUCUUCUAAAUGUGAUAACAAGCUCUUCCGCAUUAGAUUUUGUAUACCUAGAGUUGAGGCGUAUCCCUUCUUCGAGGCUCUCUCUUCUCCAAUUCGCUGUAUAUCAAGGAGUCGAAACACUCGUAUGUCAACUUUGAUGUUGAAAAGAUCUACCUUCCAUCCACUAGAUGUAUCUCGGUCAUCUGGUCUGGACAAUGGAACCUCAGAACAUGAGCAUGUUUCAGUUGAAGAAGAAAAGCCAAGUCCACUAUUGAAGAGGGUUAAAUUAGGGCAAGAUAGACCAACCCCUAUCGAUGAUCCUUCAUCAGGGCAACCAGAUGAGGAAUGCAAUUCUCAUUCCUUUACUGCUAAUGGGGCUGGAAAUGGGUUUGGCUCAAGAACAGAAAGAUCCAAAAAUAAUGGAUCGACUGGAGCCUCCCCAUCAGACUCCGGAAGCACUGAAGCAAGGCACUCGGUUCUAAAUAGAACUAGAACCAAUGGAAAUCCAAUAUCAGAUGUGAACAUUUUCAAAUAUUGCCUAGGAGGUUUAUCUGAGAGGUCACUUCUGCUCAAGGAGAUUGCAACCUCUGUGUCACAGGAAGAAAUUUUGGAAUUUGCUGAGCAUGUUUCUCUAUAUUCUGGAUGCUUGCACCACAGGAUACAGUUAUGCAUGCUAACUUGGAUGUCCUUGGAUUACUUUGCCAUGACAAACCUUUCUUGGAAGCAUCAAAUAUUAAUGUCAAGAAAAUUAAUAGAGGAGGGAACACGAGCUUGGAACUCAAUCUCACAAAAUAAGCAUCAUGUUCAUUGGGAGAAUGUUGUUUUUGAGAUUGAAGAGCAAUUCAUGAGAAUUUCUGGCUGCAGCUCUAGAUCUCUUACUCAGCAGGAUUUUGAGUUGCUGAGAAGAAUUUCUGGUUGUCAAGAGUAUCUGGCCCAAGAGAACUUCGAAAGAAUGUGGUGUUGGUUAUAUCCUGUAGCUUUUACUUUAUCCAGACAAUGGAUAAAUGCAAUGUGGAGUUCUUUAUCACCUAAGUGGAUUGAAGGAUUCAUUACCAAGGAAGAAGCUGAGUUAUCACUUCAAAGUCCAGCAGGUCUUCAAGAUCCUGGGACGUUUAUUCUUCGAUUUCCCACCUCAAGAAGCUGGCCUCAUCCUGAUGCCGGUAGCUUGGUAGUUACCUAUGUUGGCAAUGAUUAUGCUCUUCAUCACAGACUUCUUACACUUGAUCGCAUUUUCAGUUCUACUGAAGGAGAGAAGAAUAUGAGAAGUCUCCAGGACAUGCUUCUAGCAGAACCCGAGCUCUCUCGUUUGGGAAGGACAAUUCGAAGCCACUAAAUCGUUACAAAAUUGCAGUAUCCAUCCACACCAUUUUGUUUAGUUUCCUUCAGUUACAGAUAUCUCUCAUCAGUUAAGUUGUACAUAUUGCGAAUACAGGAGUUGUUUGGAAAAGAAUAUUUAUAGGCAUGUUGGAGCCAUUCCAGAACCAAGAUUUCAAAAGGUGAACCGUUCAGUCAUCAUCAUCAUAUACACUUCUCUCUUCAGACCAUUACUCAUAGAAACUACGAGUUAUAGGUGAAACUUUGUCAUCUCCAGUAGCGCCCAUACAAGAACUCGCACAUCAGAGAUGAUUACAUAAUAUUACCAUCUUCAGUCAGGAUAUCUCAUCCCUCAGCAGUUUUGGUUGUAUUUCUUUUAACAAAACCUGGAAUUAGCAGGCAAUUCUUGUGAGUUUUUCUUUUUCUCUUUUAAUCUCGAAGUAGUAUCUAUUGUAUAAGUUAAACUUGUUAUACCAAGAGUGAUUCAAAAUCUACCAUUAUUUAGGUGAAAUCUC